GCUGUAAAUGUAAACAAACAUGGUCUCGCGGCUACAGUAUUUUAUGUUUUCAGGUGUAUGUUCUCUACCUUUUUCAUCGUCUGUUAGACUUUCACGACCAUGCUGCGAAAAUCAGUUAAGAUGUGCCGCAACCUUGAGUCAGAAGCCUGUUAUCCAGAUACCUCAGCAGAUGGCAGAAAAAAUGAGGAAAGCAAAACUUCAGCAGAGAAAAAUGGAACGACAACAAUUCUUGCGAAAGUCACAGGAAGGCAACAGAUCUAUUCCAAUCAUCAACUGUAAAAGAAAGCAGCUUAACCACUACCUUGGUCAGUCAUACAGCAAGUUUGAGGAGGUCCCACUAGCUUCCAAGGGAUGGCAGAAUCGCAAGGCUGCUGGUGAUUAUUUUACUAUACACGGCUAUGGUGGGAAUCCAGCCUUCACUCAUCUUCAAAAAGGUCUUCAGGAGGACUUUGACUCCCUAGGUCUCAGCCAGGAACUCCUGACCAAAAUAUGGAACUUGGGAUAUAAAACACCAACAAAUAUUCAGACACUGGCAAUUCCACAAGUGCUGGAAGGAAACAACACCUUGAUUGCAGCAGAAACAGGAAACGGCAAGACACUGGCCUUUGUUGCUCCAAUGUUGCAGCAGAUUGCACAGCGCAAGAAGGCAUUCAGAGACAACUAUCCAAUGAAUUCUCCUUUAGGGCUCAUAGUAGUACCAGGUCGUGAGCUUGCCGAGCAGAUUCAGACCAUUGCCUCAUCCCUUGCAGAGGGUCUCGGGAUUAAUGUUGAGUUAGUAAAGGGAGGGAGGACAAAGAAAUUGAUGCUCAAUCCUGCAGUGACAGAGCCUCAUCUGCUUGUGGCAACCAUGGGAGCAUUGUCAAAACUCACCACAGCUGGGUUAUAUGAUAUGAGUCUUGUGAGACACAUAACUCUCGAUGAAGCAGACUCCCUCUUAGAUGACUCCUUUAAUGACAGUGUCAUUCGAUAUCUCUCCAGGUUUCCAAUUCAAGGAUGUAGUAAUACUGAAGAGCCUGAGCCAUUAGUAAUGUCAGGUGUGCAGCUCACACUAGUCUCAGCUACAACACCCCGUAGUUUACAUACCAUUCUGGAUCCCAUAGUUGAUAUUGAUUCUGUGGUACGGAUCUCAACCCCAUACCUCCAUCACAUUAUGCCCCACAUUCCCCAAAAGUUUAUAAGAGUCAGCCAUAUGACAAAAGCAGAGAAACUUCUGGAGCUAGCAAAGAAUGAUGCAAGAAAAGGAGUUCCAUUUAUAGUUUUCAGUAACUCAGCAAAAGCAUCAGAUUGGGUAUCCCUCUAUCUGAGUGAGAACAACAUCCCAUGCGUCAACUUGAAUGGCAACAUGACCGCCGCACUCCGAGAAGGCCGUUUCGAAGCCUUCCAGUCUGGUCAAGCAUUGGGCCUCUCUUGCACUGAUCUCACAUCCCGUGGCUUAGAUACUGUGAGGGCUGGCCACAUUAUCAAUUUUGAGUUCCCAAAAUUUAUGGCAGACUACAUUCAUCGAUGCGGUCGAACAGGCAGGGUUGGGAGUCAAAUGACUGGGCAUGUUACUAGCUUUGUCCACCGUCCCCAAGAAGUCGAACUGCUUCAAAAAAUUGAGUAUGCUGCGAGAAAACGAGAGGAUCUGCCCAAUGUUAAUGCAAAUAUUAAAAGAAUCAUUCUCAGUAAGGCUGUUACAAAAGACAUGCAAAUUGUAUGAAAACUUAACAAAGGAAAGAUGGAAAUUGGCAUUUUUUGGGAUUAUUGAGAACAGAGAGAUGAAGAGUUCUAUAUUCUUAUUUUAAGGAUGUAGAGAGGAAAAGGGUUAUAUAUUCUUUUAGAAUAUAGAACAGAUACCUGAUUAAACUUAACACAUAACAUUUUUUAUGUUGCAAAUAUGUAUUUGUAAAUAGUUUGUUCAUAUUUGUAUAUAAUUAUUAAAACUUUUCCAAUUCA